GGGGGGCGGAGCCGCCGCCCGCUGCCAAGAUGGCCGACAGCGUUCUCCUCAGAACGGACUCGGACUCUGAGGGCGGCGGCUCACCACCACUCCGCGGCCGCUGCAGCCCCCCGCCGCACACCGCGAGCAAACAGGCUUUGACUGCUCCUGGGCACGUCAAGAUCCUGUGAAGUGCCGUGUCCUGCCUGCCAGCAGUGCGGACACAUCUGCUUUCCCCUGCCUGCUCCUGCUGCCCCUCAGACAGGCGCACCCUUGGAGCUCUGGGUGCUGCAUUGCCCAACAAGUCCUGGAUGGGAGUCCCUGAAGCCUCAGGGCUGCUGUAGCUCUGGCUUGGUACCAUGGAUGUGAAGGAGAUCAUUGACCUGACUUGUGAGGACAUCAGCACAGAUCCGGCACCGUGGAGCAGCCUCACCAUCAUUGACCUGACAGAGGACACAUGCAGCCCUCCCCACAGCCCUCCCCACGCUGCCAGUUGGGCUGACCAGGACCCCAGGCAGGCGCUUGAUGCCCCGGCAGCACACACGUCCCAUCCCCAGCUCUGCUCCACCACAGUGCAAGAAACAGAGGCAGUGGCAGGGUUGAGCCCUGCAGUACCCUGGCACAGUGCUCCUGCGGAGCCUGGUGCCACCACGGACACAGCAGAAAGUGCGGAGAACUGGAGCUGCUCCUCUCCUGCCUCCAGCUGCCACGGCUCUUCCUGCAGCCCAGAGCAGAAUUGCAGCACCACCACUUUUAACAGUGACUUGGGCUCCCUAGCCAGUGUGCAGCUGGACUCGGACGUGCUGUCCCCAUCCCCCUCCAGUCUGGACAGCAGCAGCAGCUGGAGAGCUGGUGGCCCGGAGGAAGAGACUCCCCACCUCUGCCAGCAAAGGGAGCUGUCCCCAAGGCUGACCCCUGUCCCACCUAUCCCCACAGCCCCAGGGAAGGCCCAAGGGCCUUUGCUGGAAGCGGGCAAUUUACCACCAUUAGAAGCAAUCCAGCAAAAGACACCAGCCAGGACCAAAGCUGACAGCAAGGCCUGGCUGAACAAACUGCACUAUUUCAGGAGGAGCGGAGUCCAGCACCUCUUUCUCCAAGGCGUAGCACCCAACAGGGAAGCACAGCAGCAGAAACCUAAGCUUAUCCCCAGCGGAAAGCUGAGCAUGGUGCGCACCACCAUGGAGGAGAACUUCCUGGAGGGCACCUUGGACUUCCUGAGUGAGUUUGUCUCCCACCAGCACUGUCCCCCCAAAGAAAUCAUCUCCCACCUGAUAAGACAGAUCCUGUUGAACUCCCACCAAGGGGAGAUCCUGAAGGACACCUACAUGCUGCUGAUGAAGAUCCAAAUGCUCCAUCCAGCCAACGCUGCCACAGUGGGAUGGGACUGGACACUGCUGAAAUACAUCAUGGAGGACCAGGAGAAGCCCCCUGGCUGGCUCCUCUUCCUGCAGUACGUGGUGCAGACCCUGGAGGACGACUUCCAGCAGAACCUGAGAUUGCGCAUGCUGCAGAAGUCAAUUGCCAAGAAAGUGCUUUCAUGUGACAUGUGCUUCAGCAAUGUCAAGGAAGUGGUUGAAUGGUUGGUCGCAGCAGUUACAGGAGUUGGGUUCUCCCAGCUCCAGGAGCAGCAGCAAGAGAUUACAUCCUCUUCAGCAGAAGCAAGGGCUGAACGCAGCUCAUCUGCACCAUGGCCAGCCAGCAAUGACCAGGCAGAGGUGGCUCCACCAGCUUUCUUUGCCCAGAAGGUGAUGCUCCUGCUCCAGCGGAUGUUGUCCAUUGCAGUGGAAGUGGACAAAUCUCCCAACUGCAGCUCCUGUAAGAUUGCAGAUGUGAUAUUCCCAUUUAUACUGAAUAUUCCCCUGAGGAGCCAAAGGGAAGCUUUCUUAAACACCAUGGAGAGCCAGCUCCUGCGCUGCAAACUGCUAGAGCUGUUGUUUCAGCAUAGUUGCGAUGUGCCUACAACCUUGCCCUUGUCUCUGGCCAAGAUCCUGUACUUCGUGAGCCACUCCUCUGUGCUGCUGCAAUACCAGGAUGAAACAGAAACAUGGCAAAGAUGGGAUGAGAUGCUGCAGUACUUGAGUUUGCUGCUAAUGAGUUACCAAAAUGUAAUACUGGCAUUUCCUCUUGCAGAGCACUUGCGGAGUUCACUCAACGACCGGAUAGACUUGAUCAUUCAGAAAGCCAAGCCCAAGCUCCAGGACAGUGAUGACAUCAGCUAUCUAGACAUUCAGCUGAAGAUAGAGGACUUCAUCAGCCGAAUGGAGCAGGUCCUGGGGCAGCCUUUUCCCCUGCAGAUCAUGGAGAAAUUGUGCAUGCUUCGAGAAUUGUUCUUCAUUGUCACUGCUACCUGAUGGAGACAAACACUAUGCAGGGGCACAAAUUGCUUAAUUUCUUCUAUAAAACUCCAUCAAAACCCCCAUCUCAUGCUGCAGCCUCAAGUGUCAUAUAUCAUGUGGGUUUGCUUAUACAUUUCUUUGGAAAAACAUCCGGUUCACAUGGUCUCAGAAUUUCCUUUCAGACUUGCCUCACCCUACAGUUUUACAAGGCACUUUGUACACUUUUAAAAAAUAAAUUAUUUUCAUAUUUG